AUGUUGGAAUAUGAAUGGGCCAAUCCAUCAACAAUAAUGCUUUCCAGUGAAGGAACUGUUCGAGAAUCGAACCAGAACCGUCAGACACUCUGGAUUAUUAGCACCCAACUGACUAAUCUCUAUGACCCACGCGUUUAUGGCACCGCGUCAGCUUCAUCCUAUACAGCAGGGGCUUCAAUGCUCAGUCUUGAACCGGAUAGACCGAACGGGUUCAUGAUGGUGCCGAAGGGAGAACUUGUGGUUGGUGGGGUUGAGUUUAAUUCUAGUGCUAGUAGAAUUGGGUUGGAUUUGGGUGGUAGGACUUAUUUUGCUUCGUCCGAGGAUGAUUAUUUGUGA